AUGUGUAGCUACGUGUUGAGGAGGAUCCUGCGUCGUGCAGUCCGUUAUUCCCACGAGAAGCUCGGAGCUAAGAAAGGCUUCUUCGCCUCCUUGGUGGAUGUGGUGGUGACGUCCCUGGGCAAUGCUUUCCCGGAGUUGAAGAAAGACCCAGAGAUGGUGAAGGACGUUAUCAAUGAGGAGGAGGAGCAGUUCCUCAAAACCCUCAGCAGGGGGCGCCGCAUCCUCGACAGGAAGAUCAUGAGUCUGGGAGAAAGCAAAACGAUCCCAGGCGACACUGCGUGGCUGCUGUACGACACAUACGGCUUCCCCCUGGACCUGACCUCCCUCAUCGCAGAGGAGAAAGGCAUGGCCGUGGACUUGGCUGCGUUCGAGGAGGUGAAGAAGGCAGCGCAGUUGAAGUCCCAGGGUAAGGGAGCUGGAGACGAGGACCACAUCAUGUUGGACAUCUACGCAAUCGAUGAGCUGAGAAACAAGAAGAUUCCUGCCACGGACGACUCUCUCAAAUACAAAUACACCUCUGACGACAGCGGCAACUAUGAGUUCCAGCAGGCCUCUGCUACAGUGCUGGCCCUGCGCCGUGACCGCGCCUUCUGCGAUGAGGUGACCACGGGUCAGGAGUGCGGCGUGCUGCUGGACCAGACGUCCUUCUACGCCGAGCAGGGCGGACAGACAUUUGAUGAGGGCUUCAUGCUUCGGGAGGACGACAACGCAGAGGACAGGAUGGAGUUCACAGUGAAGAAUACACAAGUGCGAGGAGGUUACGUCCUCCAUGUGGGGACCGUCUAUGGAACGCUGAAGGUUGGAGACAGCGUCGUCUUACACGUAGAUGAGGCUCGUCGCAAGCCCAUCAUGAGCAACCACACCGCCACACACAUCUUAAACUUUGCCCUGAGAGGAGUUCUUGGAGAGGCCGACCAGAGGGGUUCCCUGGUCGCUGCUGACCGCCUGCGCUUUGACUUCACUGCUAAAGGGGCCCUCAGCACAGGGGAGGUCCGCCGGACGGAGGAGAUCGCUUGUGCCAUGAUAAGAGAUGCUAAGCCGGUGUACGCCAUGGACACCCCCCUCGCAGAAGCCAAGGCCAUUCAGGGUCUGCGUGCCGUGUUCGACGAGACGUACCCCGACCCAGUCCGAGUCGUGUCCAUCGGCAUCCCCGUUCAGGACCUGCUGGACGAGCCCACCAGUGCUGCUGGCUCCCUCACAUCCAUCGAGUUUUGUGGUGGAACCCAUCUGCAGAACUCGGGUCACGCUGCGCCAUUUGUCAUCGUCUCCGAGGAGGCCAUCGCUAAGGGCAUCCGCCGCAUUGUUGCUGUGACAGGAGCAGAGGCACAGAAGGCUCAGAGAAAAGCAGAUGCCCUGCUGCAGUCUCUGUCCGCACUGGGAGACAAGGUGAAGCAGCAGACCUCCCCGAACAAGGACGUUCAGAAAGAGAUCGCCGACAUGACCGAGUCGAUAGGCACAGCAGUGAUCUCCCAGUGGCAGAAGGACGAGAUGAGGGAAACCCUGAAGGGCCUGAAGAAGACCAUGGACGACCUGGACCGCAACUACAAGGCCGACAUCCAGAAGAGAGUCCUGGAGAAGACGAAGGAGGUGAUUGAAAGCAGCCCCAACCAGCCGCUGCUCAUAAUGGAGAUGGAGACUGGAGCCUCAGCUAAGGCUCUGAAUGAGUCACUGAAGCUGCUGAAGUCGAACUCCCCUCAGACCGCUGCAAUGCUCUUCACCGUCGACCCUGAGGCCGGAAGGAUCACCUGUUUGUGUCAAGUUCCUCAGGACGUGGCCAAUCGAGGGCUGAAGGCCAGUGAGUGGGUCCAGGAGGUGUGCCCCCUGCUGGAGGGCAAAGGAGGCGGCAAGGACAUGUCGGCACAGGCAACUGGCAGGAACACGCAGUGCCUGCAGGAGGCGCUACAGAUGGCCAACGAGUUUGCACGGCUCAAACUGGGAGAAAACUGAAGAGAGAGGUGAUGGUUGAAGAGUCUUAACUGAGUUAGAAUUCAUCAGACAUCCCCC